AUGGCUUUCAAACUUGGAGAUCGCUUCUCUUUCCAAUUCUGCAACCAGAACGAGGUGGCUUCCGAUGGCUCCCGCACGGAGGACUUCGCCUUCACGUUGGACGCUGAGCACGCCCCCAAGGUGCAGUUCGGGCCCGUGCAGGUUGGAUUGUCCGGCAUGGGAGAGUUGAAGGUGAGAUGUAAGGUGGGCCAGGACCACUGCUAUGGAGCCGGUGCCAUCGAGUUUGCUGUGGAGCUUGGAGUGGGCCUCGGAGAGCUCAUUACUGCCGCGGUUGGUGGUCGAGGAGGACUGGAGGUUGAGGUGCCGACUCAAACAGCCGGAGCUCCUCAGGACACUUUCAAGGUGGUGGGAAGCCUCACUCCCUACGGCACUGUGGACCUAUUUGCCGGUUUGAUCUCAUUCGAGGUCCCGUACAAGUAUCCAGGGAUCGAGGUCACGUUUGAUCGCCUCGGGCCCUUCCCCCUGCAGAACCCGAAUAACAAAGCCGAUGACACCAUCUCGAUAGCCGCGAAGUGGACAGUGGAGGUGAGCUUCUUGGGCAUCUUCACAUUCACCGUGUCUGUUCCCAUCACGGUUAUGCCCGAGACGACCCUUUGGAAGGCCACCCCUGACAUGUACGGAAAGCAACCCUGGUUCACCAGUGACUGCGAGUUGGUGGAGCGUACCUAUGAUCGAUGCAGUCAAAACCAUAUCAAGCUUACCGGGACCUGGGACGAGAAGACCGGUGAGUGGGAGCGGCACAUUCAGAAAGGUCACGAGGCCUACUCCAUGAUUUCUUCAGAUCCCAAAAAAGACUUCCGCUGGUGCUGUGGUCACAGCUGGUGUGAUGAGUGGGUCCGCUUCGAUCGUCAUGUGAACAAGAUCGUUGUGCAGCUGGAAAACAGUGAUCGGAGGAUUGUUUGGGUUGGGCUUGUAUGUGACAGGUACCUCCACGACAACAAUCGUUUCCACUAUAGUGGUAGGACAGAUGAUGGCUGCCGAGAGGACGUCCGAGUCGAGACAGCACGAGGCUGGGUUCAUGUGCCCAAACAUCAUCGAAAGGGGGUGAUGAUGCACCGCUGGUCCGACAACCGAUGGACUUGGUACUGCAAUCACAACUCCCGGCGAAGGGGCUACAGGCAGGGCCACCACGGAAGUGGGUGUGGCCGCCACAACUAUCUCGUUGUAGACUGGCAAGACCGCCGGAGGAACACAGCCGUCCGCUGGGAAUGUUGGCAGCGACUCGGCAAGGAACGGCCGACAUCGGGUACCUGCACUUCGGCUGAAAACUUCUACUUCCGACCUUGGUCUUCCUGGAGCUUUGGAGUAGACUCGCCCCAGGCUCGAGGAUGUGUGCUGAAGACAUGA